AGUAAACGGCUGAAAGGAUAACUGGUUUGCAUUGUAAUUGAGAGACAGGAGUUGUCAAACAAUACAUUGAAUAUUGAAUGCAAUGUUGUAUUCAAUGAUACACUCAUUGCUUACUUGACGUAACAUUUGUUGACAAACAGUCUCUCAAAAUCAUUGCCUUAAUGGCUAAGUCUUGCGAUACUUUCGUAGUGUUACCGCCGCUGACGGCCAACAAUUUGACUAUUUUUGGCAAAAACUCUGACCGACCUAAUGGUGAGGUUCAAGAAAUUGUUUAUUAUCCGCGAAAAACAUAUGAAAAUGAAUGCAAACAAGAGUGCACUUAUAUAUCAGUGGAUUCAGUGCAACAAACCUAUGCUGUUAUCCUAAGUAAGCCCUCGUGGAUGUGGGGCUCAGAAAUGGGAGCCAAUGAGUAUGGCGUUUGUGUGGGCAAUGAAGCCAUUUGGACACAACUUAAUGGACCCAAUGAUGAAGUGGAACGACUUCUUGGUAUGGAUUUGGUCCGAUUGGCACUGGAAAGAGCUAAGACUUCUUGCGAGGCAUUAGAGGUGAUCACAACAUUAUUGGAAAAGCACGGACAGGGAGGCACCUGUUCCGAGAGCUCAUCAUUCACUUAUCACAAUAGCUUUCUUAUUGUUGAUCCCAAUGAUGCCUAUGUCUUGGAAACAGCUGAUCGCGAGUGGGCCGCAGAAAAGAUUGAAUCGGGAUUUAGAAAUAUAUCUAAUUGUCUGAGUAUUGGCACUAAAAUUGAUUUAAUGAGCAAAGGUCUUAAACAGGUGGCCAUUGUUAAGGGACUGUGGGAUGGCGUCCAAGAGUUUAAUUUUUCUAAAGUCUAUGGCACCGGUAGUGCUGAUACUCCACUCGAUAACCAAAGAUUUAUUGCCGGAAGACAAUUGUUGCAAAACUAUUCCAAAGAUAACUUAUUUGAUAUCAACUCAAUGAUUGCAAUACUGAGGGACGAACCAAGUGGUAUCUGUCGUCCCUAUGAAGCGGCAUUCCCUUCCACUUCAAGUCAAGUAUCCGUCUUAUCAAAGAGUGAGUCUCGUCCCUCCUGUCAUUGGUUUACCGGAACUCCGGACCCAAAACAUUCAGUAUUCAAGCCCUUCAUAUUUUGCGAUGGUUUUGAAAUAACUUCAAACAUUGUGUCUCCGGUAAUACCCGACGACCCGGUCAGGACUAUACCAAGAUUCCAGAGACAAGUCGACCGAAGACAUACUCUCUAUAAAGUUCAUCAAAACUUUUAUCAAAAACUAAUUCAAAAUAAUAGUGAGGGAAAUGACUUAAGACAGACAUUGAAUCGAUUGGAAAAGGAUUGUAUUGAAGAAGUGGAUAAAAUGUUACAAAAUUACGAUUCUAACGACCAAACCAUCAAUAUUAAGGAUCUUUUCAAUGAUUGUGUAGAAUCAGAGCUCAGGUUUUAUAAGUGAAAUAUUUUCACAAAUGUAUUACAUUUUAUUAAUUUCAACUUUUAAUAUAUUUUAUGAUAAAGUGCUUUCAUUUUUUUAGUAAUUUAUAUAUACAUUAUAUUUAAUAUUAUAAUAUAGGAAAUUAUGUUUUAAAGUUAUUAUGUCAAAUACAUGUUUAUUAUAGCAAUUGUUUAUUAUUUUGUUUACCGUGUAUAACAAAAUGUUAUGUAGUGACAUAUAAUUUACUGUACUAUUAAUAUGAUGGCAAUUAUUUUUAAAAACUAUUUUUAUUCAAACAUUGAGUUUUCAUUAAAAUUAUUAUAUGAAAUAGUUAAAUGACUGGCAUAAAAUCAUAAUUAAUUCUAUAAAAUGAUAUUUGUAAAGUGCACUUAUCUAAAAAAU